UCGUCGACAGAUCGCGGAAGUCCGAAGCGGGUGCGUCAUGGGCGACGCGUCUUGCUUGGUCUCAUGCUGAUCGGAGCAGUCUCCUUUCCGACCAUUCAUUCCAUUGUUCGACUUGUUUUGACAGCACAGUUCAGAAAAACUCUAUCAUUAGGUGACAUUUUCUUUAUCAGCGAAAAAUGUACAUCCAGUGUCCAAGCAAUAAUGUCCUUUCUAGCUGGUGCCAUCAUUGUGACAGAAGUCAGCAACAUAAUGACAGCUACGCACUGGCUAACAAAUGCAUAUGCCUGGUUUGCCACACCUUACUUUGGAUAUGAUGUAUGGGCCAUGUACAAGACAUACAUUUGGAAUCGAGCUGAUCAAGAAAUACAUUUCCUUACAGUAGGCCAGCGUCUCAAGUCUUUCAUCCACAGCUCCGUCUUGAUGUUGCUUCAUCAUACUGUACUUCCACUUAUUAUCUUUCCCACAAUCAUUGUAAGAAGAAUUUUAGGAGACUUUUUUGUGGGUACAUUUUACAUGAUUGAAAUCACCAUUCCCUUCAUUGCAACUCAAGCUGUUCUUGCUCAGCUGAAGUUAAAGGACACACCAUACUACAUUGCUGCAGGCCUGCUGAUGGUGGCUUCAUUUUUUGUUGCCCGAAUCCUGGUGUUCCCCUACCUUUUCUGGAACUAUGCACACCAUGCCAGCAUCCCUGUUACGUCUGUGCCAUUUAGUAUCCCUGUCAAAUGUAACUUAGGAUGUCUGUUGAUUCUCCUCCCACAGCUCUAUUGGUUUGGUCUAAUGUGUAGAGGUACUUGUAGGGUGUUUUACAAAAUCUAUACACGACACAAGCUAAGUAAGUCCUGUUGAUGACUAACUGCUGCUAAAGUUUAAACUGAAAGAUUGGUGAUGUAUAUAAUAGGAAAUGUACAAGGAAUUAACAAACUGGGAGUUUAUUUACAUAUGCUCAUCAAGGUGCUGUGAAUAUACCAUUAUAUUUCUGUAUGAUAUUGGCAAUUUUUGUGUUAAGCUCAUUUUUGAACUCUAUAGACAUUCAUACUUAUAUACUAGCACAUCACUAGAUGUGAGUUUAUUGUCCUGUCAUAAUUAACUCAUUGAGAGGUUCCAUUUUUGCUCUCCAUCCUCAACUGACUUUGCUAUCACCAGAUGCAGUUUUUGGUGCAUUUGGUAGUCUUGAAAAUCUAAUGUCCGAAUAACUGCAUCCAAGACAAACAUGAUUGAUAUUAAUGUUGAAAAUACAUUUUCUUGAGGUACCAAAAAAUCCCUUGGCCAAGAUGGGUCUGCUUCAUUUUCUUUUCUUUAAUGUGUAAAAGAGUAUUUCUCAAUACAUAAAUACCAAUUGUAUUAACUGCAUUCCUUCCCCAGAUCCCAUAUGUAACUGCUGCCUAACAGUUCAUAAAGAAUGUUAAAAACAUUUAUUCUUAUGUAUUAUCAUACUUUUGUAACAUAAAAACAAAUAUAUUGAUCCAUUGUGUGUUAGUGAUUUACACCAGUGUCAAAGACAGUAAAGUAUGUGCUGGAUGGAAGGGAGUAUUACCUGCCUGCACGGAUGCUUCAACUCACAAUGUUUUGACACUAAAACAGUCUCUGGUCCCUAAGCAUGGGUUGGUAAUUGCCCAGUCCUCUGUCACAGAUCUAUUGAGGUGAGUAAAUUUCACAGAUCUGUUGAGGCAAGUAAAUGUUAACAAGACUCCUGGUCCAGAUGGGAUCUGUGGAUGCACCCUCUAUUAGUACGCCAAACAACUUAGUGGAGUUUUACAGCAUCUGUUCCAGCUCUCUAUAGAUUGUGGUAAUACUCUUCAGGGAACCGUGGCAGGGGAAAUGUCUUUCAUUUCAUAUUUGUGUUGUUUGGACUUAACCCUCCCUCGCUUGCUCUCUCACAGUGUGAUUAUAUGCACCUUGUUUGGUAAGGCUUUAACUUUGUAACCCUCUGCUCAUACCAAGCUCCUUAUUUGUGGUUUCCAACUUUCUAACCCUAUAGCAAAAAAAGUAUUCAUGAUUUAAGCCUACUAUUUUUUUUAACAGGACCCCUACAUAUUUUUCCAUUUUGGUAAAAUAAAUUGCAGCAACAAUUCAAGUUUGUAUCCCUACUACAACAGUGUCAAACCAGUCUUAAAAGGACACAGAACCCCUCCUUUGUGACAGGUAAUGAUCAAGCUCAUGCCCUUGUAGGCUAAAAAUAAUGAUUCUUUAGAGCAAAGAUCAUAUUAUGAUGCACCUUUUUGGACAUGAGCAUCAACAGAAAUUGCAAUUUUUAUAUGCCAAGCACUGUGCUAAAAUCAGAUUUUAACUUAAGAAUCACUCUUAGUUUUGGCUUUUUUUUUUAUUGUUGCUCAAAAAUAGGGGCUGCAAGGAGUGGAAUGGAUGAUUAAAUGAUCACACAUUUGGGAAUUAUUUUUAAAAUAUAAAACAGAAACCUAUUUGCAGUUUUGAAGUCCAGUUUGUAUCCUGGAUUUGCAAAUUUAAAAAUGUCAUCAUUUCAUUAGUUUAUGCUUUAUGUUUAUGUUGUUAUUUCAUGACUGAUCUUUUCAGUAUGGUCUUUCAUAUACUUAAAAGUGUUCACGUGUACCAGCAAAUAUAACACAAACACUUCAACAAAUAUAUAAUCUUUGUUUACUUAUAUGUGAAACAUACAUCAGUUUCAACCCUAAAGAAGCGAUGCCCACAGUUUAUCACAAAGUAAUCUUUUCUCUUUUUGUACAGUAACCAUAGCUAUCAAAGCAAAACUAAUCAAAAUUGAAAAUUACAGUAAUACAAAACUGAUCCGCUAAACAAAUACUUAUAUCUUGGCUGUAAACAUUUUUAUAAUGAUUAUGAAGAAAAGAACAUUUAGGCUUAAAUCAGCCAUCAACAAUGUUCCUUUCAGUAGUCAUCAGCUACACAAAGGACAGACUGACACAUGAGAUCAGAAAAAAUAUGCAACACCAUGCAAAUAGUGUAUAGUAAGAAACAUUUAAAACUUCAAGAAAACAAACUUUGUCAUUGUGCAAAAAUGUAAAAUUACUACAGAUUCCCCUUAUUUUUAAAUGUGUGCAAGUUAAACACCAUAUUUGUUUAGCCUUUUAUCCAAAACAUUGCAUAAUAAACACUUAUGGUUCACAAAUAUUUCACUGGGAAUUAUAACAGUUCCAGUCCUUUUGGUCUCAAAGAGAACUGAAAUGUUCCAGACACAAGGCAGACAUUUGAAGUUUCUUUGCUCAGGCUCCUAUGAUCUGCAGUAUUGAAGUAAGAAAUGUUAAACACUGAUACUAUAGCACCAGCAUAAUUGUUUGCUUGGCUAUAAUAAAACACUGUCAAACUAUCUUGUCUAACUAUUAAAUGCAAAAGUCCACAAAGAACAUUUAAAAUCUCUUUGCCUAAGCAGAUUACUUGUGCAAUGGUUAUCAUAAUGUUCUGGUAAUAUAUAUAAUGUACUGUCCUCCAUCACUUUGUUCAGUUCAGCAAUUAAACUGCACCCUCAUCUUCUGUACUAGUUAUCUGUAAUCCCUGAUCCACUCUCUUUUUUAUGUUCUCACACCUUUAGCCCAAAAUAAGCAUUUCUGAGGUGAAACUGAAUAUGUGUGUGUAAGAGAGAAAGUGUGUAUUCACAUGUACAGCAUGUGCUGUGCUAAGCAAAUACAUUAAAAUGUGCACUGUUGUUAUUAUUAAAUAAAUGUUUAAAAACUCAUAUGGUAGAUGGAAUGUUGGAUGCAAUUUCUCACUGUGAACACCGGAGAACGCAUUAAAGCAAAGGACAAACUUUA